AUGUGCAGUGCAAUUGAAGGGUAUUUGAAAGAAACAUGGGCAGUAGGAACUACGUGGCGCGAGUCCAUAGCAGCUCCUGGAAUUAAAUCCUACGCUGCAUCCACCAAGUCGCCCGUCACCUUUAUCUUCGAUGGGGCUCAGCAUGUGGCCCAAUUCAUACCCCUUGUAUGUGAAUUCGAUCGAACCGGGUUGACGGAUAUCCAAAUUAUUGCAACGGGCAAGCAGCGAGGAUUGUCAGCAGCCGCGUUACUCGAAUCCCUGCAGGAGAAGAAUCCGGCAUGUGCAGCAGGUGUUACUGUGCAUGAUUUGGAUAUUGGGUUCUCUUCUGCCGACACCUCCAUUUUCCUAAAUCAAGCUACGCAUGCAUUUGCCCACUUGUUUUCACUCAUUGAGCCACGGGUUACUAUCUAUGUCGAUCACAAUGGUCCUGCAAAGAGAAGCAUACAAGCCGCUGCCGAGCUUACCAAAACCGUCGCCAUCGGGUUGCCUCCUCGGGAUAUCUUGCAUGCAUUGUGGAUGGCUAAUUUGCCUGCAGAAUCACUAUCCAAAUGGAAUGAUUUUACUGUCAAAUUGGUGAUCAUUACAGACCGGAAGCCGCAAUCGCUCGCCCGAUUAAUUCGCUCAGCGGCCCGUGCACAUUAUUUUGGGGACACUGUUGACAUGGCAAUAGUGAUGGAACAGUCCAGUGACCGUGUCACACAGGCCUUUGUCAAUAACUUGCCUUGGCCACAUGGCAACAAAGAUCUGCGGCACCGAAUAACCAAGGUGAAUCGUAUGCCUGUUUAUGUGGAAUCGUGGUAUCCUGCAGACGAUCACGAGUACGGCAUUAUUCUCGACGACAGUGUUGAACUUUCUGAAAUGUUCUAUGUAUGGACCAAGUACGCGAUCCUUCGGUACCGCUAUGGACAUGACCUGCCCGACGACGCCAAGGCCAUGUUUGGUAUCAGCUUAUACUCGCCGCAUAUGCUGGAAAGUGAUCCGAACGGCCGUCGACUGUUUGAGCCAUCAUCGGCUCUGGUUAGCAAUGAGUAUGACGCAGGAUCACCUUAUCUGAUGCAAGCGAGCAAUAGCUUUGGAGGCGCUGUGUAUUUUCCAGAGCACUGGCGCGAAUUCCACGACUUCAUCACUGCACGUGUCACCGAUAUAAACAAGAAACAGCUCCAGAACGUUACGGUGCCUAAUGCUCGCUCAAGCCAGUGGGUAAACUCCUGGAAGCGCUUCAUGGACGAGCUUAUCUUUAUGCGGGCGUAUGUCAUGCUGUAUCCAAACUUUGAAAACUACGUCAGUCUGUCGACAAGCCAUCUUGAGCUAGGCAGCCAUGUGAUGGGCGACUACUCACAAGCUGCAGCAUUGCUCCGAGUGCCCUUGUUGACGGGCGACCAGGAGCCAUUGCAGCGCCAGCUUCCUGGCCACCAAUUGCCAACGUGGUACAGUCUGCCUGUGCUCGAUCUCUGGGGCAAUGUCGAACCUAUGAGUAUCCUGCGGGAGCGUGGCAUGGCACUGCAGCGCAGUGUGUCAUCAUGCACACCUUUGGGGCUGAAGGAUCAUCUACAUGAUCCAAGUGAUCUGCUAUGUCCAUCUGCAAAGCUGGUUGCCGUUCCAGUCACAUCAGAAGAUGAUCCCGUUCCUGAUUUUGCAACCCGGGUCGUUACCGUAUUUGUCGAUGCGGAAGCUACACCCGAUCCACAGCACGCCACCGCAGACGCCCAGAACACCGAGCAGACGAUUGAUGAUGAUGAUAAUGACGACGACGACAACAACAACAACGGAAGCAAUAAUGAAGAAGUCUUAAGAAACUAA